AUGUUGGUGUGCACAUUGAAUCAGUCUACAACAUCCUAUGCAACCACGUCGGAUGUGAAAACUCUUUCCUAUCAAGUCUCUGUUUUGCAAGUCGUUGUUGUUAUCAACUCGGUACUCAUUGGUUUCAUAUUGUUAUUAGCUCUUGUGUUGGUGGCCACGAAUUGCCGAGAAGAUUAUAAAACUCUUGCUUCAGAAGUAUUGGAGGGAUAUGAAGAUCCACUAUGGCUGAAAUUCUUUCAUCUUGUGAACACAUUGACCUAUCUGAUGUUGUGUCAAUGUUGUUGUCCAACCCAUAUGAAAAGAAAGAUGCAAGUAUUUCGAGUUUUCAAUGAGGAAGAAUGGAGAAGAUGGCAUCAUAACGAUUUGAAAAUGCAACGAGGUUUAAUUUCAGAGGAUGACAACCACGACGGUCAAUUAGUCAUGCCCAAUCCAACCACUGUGAAUUCUCAAUCAUCCCUUUAA